GUUAAAAAUUGAGUUAAAAUAUUCUUAAACAGAACUACACGAAAUCACUUAUUAUGUUAAAGAUAAACAUUAUGCAAAGAUAAAUAGCAAUAUAAUAUUAUGAAAUACUUGCCUUAAUUAUAAUACAUGGAAAAAUCUGCCACUGAACUGUAUCUUUCGUCGCUUAUCGUUCUCUAACCGCGAUCUUGCUUACACCGUCGUUGCUCAACUGUCCGAGCUUUCUAGCGAGCACCUAUAACACCAACUGUGACCUAUGCACUGAUCUUCCUAUUGCAACAAACUCUCUUGCGAUACGUCUUAGUCUUCCUCCCUCACAAUACUCCCCCGUUACGCUGCUUACCCUCCCAGCAGUGAAAUAUAUCAACUUGCGAGCAAUUCGUGGAAGCUGCACUCCACCUUUCCUUCGCCUGUUGCAUUUUUAAAGAGAGUAUACAGUUGCAUUAUGAUCGAAAGUUCGAAAAGAAGGGGACCUCCCUGUCGUCCACGUUCAUUAUUUCUGGAAUUACAGUUUUUUUUGUAUAAUGUAAGUACAGAAAUAUUUAAUAAAUUGUCAUUGAUCAAUGGUCGAUGACACAGGUCGCGGGUCGCGUUCGGCUGUCGACCCGCGAGCAAAUUUUAGUAUGAACAAAGUUAUUCGACGUAUCGUGAUUGAUCGGCGAAGCGUUUCCUGUCGCCGAAGAGAAAUAUGGGGAUGACCACACUCAGCCGAUUGGUCAGGUUCGGUCUUCACAUUUACGGCAUACGACCAUAUGUAGCGUCUACCGUGGUGUUCAGAUUGUACUGGAUCAUAAUGCUGAGCAUGGCCCAAGUCUUUCAGUAUCGAUAUGUGGUGAUGAACAUUCACAUGGAUGACUUCUCCGAGUAUAUGGAUGGAGUGAGCAGUGCAAUGGCAUCUUCUUUACUCUACAUUAAGCUCAUUAUUCUUUGGACCCAUCAACGAAUAUUUUCCGAUCUAUUACAAAUAAUGUCUUCGGAUUGGCAAGAUUACACUUUAAACCACUACAGUUCACAUGUAAUGACGAAAGCGGCGAAUCUUGCACGUCGCACUUCGAGAUGGAUCGUCGGCAUGCAAAUGGCCUCUGGAACUUUUUAUAGUGUUGGCGUACUCGCUAGCAAUGCAAAUAGUCCAGAGAAAUUAGAACCAUACGAGCGAGAACUUAUUCUGAAGAUGGGGCUGCCAUUUAACAUUAGUACAGAUUUUAUUUACAAAGCAGUCCAAACUGCUCAAUUUUAUCAUUUGUCUUUGAUCUGCUACGGUAUUACGAUUGUCAAUUCCCUUCUCGUCACUCUGAUACUUCACGUCUGUGGUCAAAUCGAUAUUCUUCGAGAAUGCUUGACAAAAAUCUUUUCAAAAAAUUCAGCAAAUUCAAUAAAUGAAAUUAUGAUGCAAUCGUUGAUUAGAAAGCACCAGCGUAUUAUCGUAUUUGCAGAAAAUAUUGAAACUCUUUAUACAUACAUCGCAUUAAUGAUGCUCUUAUCAAACACAAUUAUUAUAUGCUGCUUAGGAUUUAUUAUUGUUACCUCACUUGACACACCUAAUGCUGCAGCGAUUUUAGUGAAAUCCAUGUUAUUCUACAUUUCAAUGAAUGUCGAGGCAUUUAUAUACUGCUUUUCAGGCGAAUAUCUGAGUGCCAAGAGCAAAAUGAUUGGAAAUGCGGCGUAUGAUUCUCUCUGGUACGAUUUUCCAGCAAAAAAAAGUCGAACUGUACUGUUCCUUAUUGUGAGAUCGCAGAAAAGAUUGACGAUCACGAGCGGAAGAAUCGUCGACCUUUCUUUGGAGCAAUUUACUAGUGUAAUAAAAGCAUCGUUAUCGUACAUUUCCGUGCUAUUGGCAAUGUACUAAAAAUAGUUAAUGAAAUAUAUGAAAUAAUUGUAAUAAUAAUAUAAAGCAGUAGUAAAAGAAUUUAGUAACGAGAGAAUAAACAAAAUUUGUUCUAAACAUUACUAUUCCAUUAUCCUUUCAUGAAAGUAAUGAAAACUGUUUGCAUUUCUUCUCUCGUGCAAGAGCGGGAUUAUAAUCAAUAGUGAGAGACUAAAAAGUAUAUGACAAAAGUUUUUCUUACCUGGGCGAAUAUUUUUCAAGACACUAUUAAGAAGACAAAAUCAACUCGUGUUCUUUUUUCUAGAGUUUUCAGUUUGUUCAUCUACUGAAAAGAUGCUGUUGAAAAAAAAACUUUCGCAAUUUCGCUUUCUCUUGGCACUUCCGAUCCAUAUCCUCAAGUCUUGAAUUACUUUUCAUAGUUGUUGUCGUGCACAAGUUCGCAUCUCACGUUGGCGUUUUAUCAAAUUGUAUUUUUUUCUUCUUUACUAUAUUAGUCUUGAAUUUAUUCAUCCAGUUUUAUCGGAAAGAAGUUCGGUUUUGAUAA